ACGUCGCGACGGUUAGUGGUUUUUUGGAGUAACGGAGGUUUCGUGUAGUUUGCUUCACCGUUUCCGAACUGACACAUUCCAUAGACUACCAACAAGCGAGUGUGAGUGCGUUCGUGUGUACUUUACAGUGUCGGUGUUCGUGGCAUCAGCAGCAACAACCGAGCGCUGUGCGCUGUAUUUUUAAUUUCAAAGUUGCUUCUGAGCAAAAGUUUGGCCGCAAAUUUCCAACCCAAUGUGCACCGUUUAGUUCGGAGACCACCUGAAAUGCAUCUAGUGAUCGGAUUCCUGUGGGCGCUGGCCGUCAACGCCGGGAUAGUACCAGCGGUCGCAGAAUACUACCAAAAGGACUCCUACUCGGAGUACAACUGUAACGAACCCCUGUUGGAGUACGCCAAGCUGAGUGCCACCUCGCAGCUACGGGAACGAGGGCCGGAAAAUGCCCGUCUUAAUGAUCGUUCGGCCUGGACACCGGUUGAGAAUACCUACUUCCACUUUCUCACCAUGGAUCUGGGCGGACGGAAGAUGGUUCGUAAGAUCGCGACCGCCGGCCGGGCCACGACCAACGAGUGCGUCACCGAGUAUAUCGUGCAGUACUCGGAUGACGGCGAGAUGUGGCGGUCGUUCACCGAGAGCAGCGGCGAGGAACAGCUGUUCAAAGGCAACAAGGAUGGCGACUCCGUUCGUCACAAUUCGUUCGAAGUGCCAAUCAUCGCGCAGUGGAUUCGUAUCAAUCCGACACGAUGGCAGAACCGUAUUUCACUGCGUGUCGAAUUGUAUGGAUGUCAUUAUGAAUCUGAAAACGUUUACCUCAACGGAACCGGCUUGAUACGAUACGACUUGCUGCGGGACCCGAUUGCAGCUACCCGCGAGACCAUUCGGUUCCGCUUCAAAACUGCCCAGGCCAAUGGUAUUCUGCUGUACUCGCGGGGAACUCAGGGUGAUUAUUUUGCGCUGCAGAUUAAAAACAACCGCAUGGUUUUGAACCUGGAUCUGGGGUCUCGCAUUAUGACGUCACUGUCGGUGGGCAGCCUGCUAGACGAUAACAUCUGGCACGAUGUGGUGAUUUCGAGGAAUCGCCGCGACAUCAUGUUCAGCGUGGAUCGCGUGAUAGUCGAGAAGAAGAUCAAGGGAGAGUUCGACAAGCUGAAUCUGAAUCGAGCGCUCUACAUCGGUGGUGUACCUAAUAUGCAAGAGGGUCUAAUUGUGCAGCAAAAUUACACCGGAUGUAUGGAGAACCUGUACGUCAAUGCGACCAACUUUUUCCGCGAAAUGAAGGAAGCUUACUACGAAGAUGAUCACUUGAGAUACACCAAAGUGCACGUCACCUACAACUGCCCGGAGCCACCGAUCAGUCCGGUUACCUUCCUGACGCGGGGUUCGCACGCCCGUCUGAAGGGUUACUACAGUGUGAGACAGCUGAACGUGAGUUUUUCCUUCCGAACGUACGAGGAGAAGGGAAUGAUGCUGCAUCACGACUUUCUGCAAGGCUCGGUUCAGGUGCUCCUGCAGGACGGAAAGGUUAAGGUUGCACUGAAGACUGUGAACGACGAAAGCGUUUUGCCGACAAUUUUAGAUGACUACGAUGAGCAGUUCAACGAUGGAAACUGGCAUACGCUGAUGCUGGCCAUUAAGACUAACAAACUGGUGUUGAGUAUCGACGAGCGGCCGAUGGAAACGAUCAAGACCGGCACGGUCGCAGACUCGGGAAACGUUGGCAGGCUACUGGAUAUUCGAACCGGAGAACUGUACUACAUUGGCGGAGGAAAAACGAAGGAUGGCUUCGUGGGUUGCAUGCGUACCAUUAUUAUCGAUGGAAACAUUCGGCCACCAGCGGACUGGAAAGAGGAAGAGUACUGCUGUAAAGGGGAGAUGCUGUUUGAUGCUUGCCACAUGACCGAUCGAUGCAAUCCGAAUCCGUGCAAGCACAAUGGAGUGUGCCGGCAAAACUCGAUGGAAUUCUCGUGUGAUUGUGCGGGAACGGGAUAUGCGGGAGCGGUGUGCCAUACUUCGCUGAAUCCACUAUCUUGUCAGGCGUACAAAAACGUGAAUGUUGUACAGUCGAGAACAACGAUUAACAUCGACGUGGACGGUAGUGGACCGCUGGCACCGUUCCCGGUGACGUGUGAGUUCUACAGCGAUGGCAGGGUUAUUACGGUUUUGAGUCACAGCUCAGAACACACGACCAGAGUGGAUGGAUUUGCGGAACCCGGUUCUUUCGAACAGAAUAUCAUUUACGAGGCAGAUUUGCCCCAAAUUGAGGCCUUGCUGAAUAGAUCGCAGUCCUGCUGGCAAAGGCUAAACUACGCUUGCCGUUCUUCUCGACUGUUCAAUUCACCGUCCGAUGUGGAGAAUUUCAGGCCAUAUUCGUGGUGGGUUUCUCGUCACAAUCAACCGAUGGAUUACUGGGCCGGAUCGUUGCCAGGAUCGAGAAAGUGCGAAUGCGGUAUUAUGGGUAACUGCGUGGAGCCUACCAAGUGGUGUAAUUGUGAUUCGAAUAGCUUGGAGUGGCAGGAAGAUGGUGGUGAUAUUAGGGAAAUGAUGUAUCUUCCCGUGAAGGCUUUGAGGUUUGGGGAUACGGGAACGCCCUUGGACGAGAAGCUUGGACGGUAUACGCUUGGACCGCUGAAGUGCGAAGGUGAUAAUUUGUUUAAUAACGUGGUGACGUUCCGGAUAAAGGAUGCCACCAUUAACCUGCCGCCAUUCGAUAUGGGCCAUUCGGGUGAUAUCUAUUUCGAAUUUAAAACUACGAUCGAAGAUGCGGUGAUUUUGCACGCUCGGGGACCAACCGAUUUCAUCCGGUUGAAUAUCGUCGGAGGAACCAAGCUUCUAUUUGAAUACCAGGCAGGGACGGGAACGCAGAAAGUUUAUGUCGAAACGAGCUACCGAUUGAGCGAUAAUCGAUGGCAUUCGGUUAGUGUUGAACGGAAUCGCAAGGAAGCUCGUCUGGUGGUGGAUGGAUCGAUAAGAGCGGAAGUCAGGGAACCACCGGGACCAGUACGGGCUCUGUAUCUGAAUUCAGAGCUGGUAGUAGGUGCAAAUAUUGAUUAUCGAGAUGGAUUUGUCGGAUGUAUUCGAGCUUUCCUGUUGAACGGUAUUCACAUUGAUCUGAAGUCUUACGCAGAACGCAAGCUGUAUGGUGUCACAACCGGAUGCGUCGGUCGAUGUGAGUCCAGUCCCUGUCUGAACAACGGAACCUGUACGGAGCGGUACGACAACUUCAUGUGCGAUUGUCGUUGGAGUGCGUUUAAGGGACCCAUUUGUGCUGACGAGAUUGGUGUCAACAUGAAGGCCAGUUCUAUGAUUAAGUACGACUUCCAGGGAGCUUUCCGUUCGACGUUACACGAAAACAUCCGAGUAGGUUUCACGACUACCAUACCGAAGGGCUUCCUGCUAGGUUUCUACUCGAACCAGUCAAAGGAAUAUCUCACGAUCAUGGUUUCCAACUCUGGUCAUUUGCGAGUGGUGUUCGAUUUUGGUUUCGAAAGACAGGAGUUGAUUUAUCCGACAAAGAACUUUGGCUUGGGACAGUACCACGAUGUAAGGUUUUCGAGAAAGAACGGUGGGGGCACGGCUGUGCUGGAAAUCGAUAACUACGAACCACAGGAGUAUCACUUUGACAUAAAAGAUUCAGCGGACGCACAGUUCAACAACAUCGAGUUCAUGUACAUCGGUAAAAACGAAUCAAUGAAGGACGGUUUUGUCGGGUGUAUUUCGAGGGUUGAGUUUGAUGACAUCUACCCGUUGAAGUUCCUGUUCCAGGAAAAUCCGCCGCCAAAUGUGAAAUCACUAGGAACUCCACUAACGGAAGAUUUCUGCGGUGUUGAACCGGUAACGCAUCCGCCGAUCGAAAUCGAGACCAGACCUCCACCUAGGGUAGACGAGGACCGUCUGCGGGACGCCUACGGUCCAGACGCUGCUAUUCUGGCAAGUGUGCUGGCAGUCCUAUUACUUUUGCUGAUUAUAAUGGCCAUCCUGAUCGGUCGCUACAUGAACCGCCACAAGGGUGAAUAUUUGACCCAAGAAGACAAGGGAGCGGAAGCCGCUCUCGAUCCGGACGAGGCCGUCGUGCAGUCGGCAACCGGUCACCAGGUGACCAAGCGAAAAGAAUGGUUUAUUUAAUGUAUAAGACGGUCGGUGGCUUCCAGCCUGGAGAGGAUGUCUCCCCGACAAAGCGCUACCGCGGGAACGCCGACGACGACAGAGACGAUGACCAGAGUGCGGACAAGAUUCUCAACAGCAGCUGUAAAUAAUGUGUUCAAAGCGCGUUCAUUUUCUGUUUUGGAACCCGAGUAACAGGCUUUAGUUGAUUUUGUUUUAUCUUCCGUUUGGUUUGAUCCAUCCCCCUUGUAAUAACAUUAAGAGGUGCCUGCAGGCAAACAGAACAGUCUUUCACAUCACUGAAGGCGCGAACCAGGCUUCGAAAUUGUCACGGUCGAACCACUUUUUACUGCGAUAAUCGUCUUCUUCUUCCUCUGACGCUAGCAAGGCUCACUGUCUUAAUACAAUCUUGAACGAACAUGUCAAACGAGCACCGCCACCACGACGUUUUUUUCCUCAAACGUAUUUUGACAUUUUUUACGCACGUUGAGUGCGGAUAUUUCGGAAAUUAUUUAUAUCAUUUUGCUUGUAAUAAUAUUUAUCAACAUAAAUAGAACGAAGUAGACAGAAAUAGGCCGAAAUAACAUCGCCAAACGAAUGGCAGUGUGAAUUUCUUUGAUGCGCGAGUGUCGAAUGACCAUCCUUUUCUUUGUUUGAGAGGCGACGGUUGUUUUACAUUUACGAGCGAAAGCCGACUGUGAUGCACGAUGAGGAAGCGAGAUCAAAUGAAAAUGCUGACCGUUUCGAAGCCUGGCGCGAACGACCGAGGUGACAGUUUUUAGAGCUGAAAGCAUUUAGAAGACAGUAUUUUGUCAGCCAUUUUGUAGCGGAGAAUCAUUCGAACCAAAAGUUGCCAGCUGCGCUCGCUUUAACUAACGAACGGAAUUUAGUUGGAUUGUUCUUUUUUCAUGAAAAGAAAAGAUAGAUUUUUUAUUGACUCUACCCGUCCAUUAUCGUACUUUUAGUUACUUUUACGACCAUAUGUUUAAUGUAGUUUAGUUCGUAAGUUUAGUUUACCAGUUUGCCAGAUAGCAAGAAGAAAAAAAAAACAAAGAACAUCCAACCAAUCGGUUUUACAAAAUGACGAAACGAAGAGGGUUAAACUAUUUCACUACUUGUAGAGCUCGUUUUUUCUCCAUAGAAUCUCUUCCUUUUUAAGCAACCUCUGCAAACCGGAGGUUAUUUGAUAGAACACAUAGUUCAGAAGUAUUGUGAAUGCCUAUUGUUUAGCAAGAGUGGAAAAGAACAAACUAAAAUACAACAAGCGAUAAAAGUCGAGUUUACAGCUGAAAGGAAGCAAAAAUCUGUAUAUAGUUUUUGAGAUAAACGAGUAAGGUGACAAAAUUA